AUGCAGCACGAGAGUCCCAUGAGGGAAAUGCCGAUUCGUGUCCUCUCCGCCACAUUACUCGGUACACAUACAAUCAGCGGGCAGAGCAUCCGAAUCCUUCCUUCGUACGCCAGAGAGGUGCCAGGCGACGUCGAUAAAGUGUUUGGCGGCAGUUUGAUAUUGAUGCAUCUCAAGUCAUUCCACGAGGGGGUCACGACGAGUAGGAACAAUGACGCAGAAUGGUCAGGAAUUGACUGGAUGAGACAUGUCUUACUGGCGCUAAAGACGUUCACUGAUGGUUUUGAAACGGUCUCAGAGUUUCUGACAAAUGAGCAGAUCCUGGAACUAUCUGGUGUUCUCGGAAAUCCCAAGCUAGAGAUGAUAGCGAAUAUCCUUCUGGCUAUACUGAACGCGUGUAAGGAUAAAUCUGACAAGGACAAUAAGGUGGGAGAGAAGUUCAAACACAUCGAUAUGCGGGAGAAAGUCGAACUUGUGCAGCAUACAUUCAAGCCUGUUCUCACUUUCGGGAGAGUGUUAAGUGUCAUUAUUGAAGGAAUCGGGGAUACUUACAUUCCGGAUAGCGAGAUGGAGCAGCUAUCAAGGGUACUGCUAGGGGUAAAGGGAUGUAUGGUGUCGUUUCCCGGGGCCGUGGGGACUAUCCUAGAACAAUUGAAGGAUGAAGAUAAGACAGGUGAAAUCAUAACGAUCGCUUCCUGGGCAUGCAUUUUUCUUACCUCAGUUGCCCCUCCUUUGGGUUUCCUCGCCAUUGGGAGCUUCAUCUACCACAGCGAGAAAGCUUGUGGAAAAAGCCGCGAAAGAGGCAUGCUGUCUGCCUUGGAAGCCGCCAACACUAGAAUCGACAUGAUGACGGCAUGCACCAGGCUCUAUGUGGUAUUGGUGGUGAUGAAAGCCGGAAACUUUUUUGAUAAGGGGUCUCGCCAAUACGACGAGUACAGAUUAUUAAUGCGUGAGAUAUUCGAAAUGGAUAUUGACGAAGAGGCAAACGUCAGUCGAUACAUCAAAACCACUGGACAACAGAUAUGUUGCCAUGUCAAGUAUGUCCAAGGCAAGGUCAAGAUGUAUACGGAGUCGUAUGGCGUUCAACCGAUUGAAGACAACACAGAUUGGUGA